UAGACGAGGAAGUGGUCUGGCGAUGCUCGUUAUUUGUUAGUAGAGAUCACGCGGGUCCCGGCGCCUAAUCAGACGCACUUACGGAGCGAGGGACAGAACACAAAACUUUUGUAAGAAGGCCUGGGAGAGGGUGUGUAUAUACAUGCGUCUGUUCAUGUGAGAUACUGGACGGAAGGGAGGGCGAGUGAGUAAUUGAGUGAACGAGGAAUACACAAGGAAACGAGCCGUCUCACUGGCAUAACGCAUGUGAAAGACAAUGCCCACUAACUUCACGGUGGUGCCAGUGGAGGACGGUACAUCCAGUCCAGAUUAUGAUGGUAGAAUCUCAGCGGAGGAUAAUAAGUCCAGCGGUUUGCCCGGACCUUACUCGGGUGAUGAAACACGUGGGGAAGACAGUCCCUUCAUCAGUGACCGUGACUGGAGCAGUGAUAGGAAGAACAUGGCCCUCUUUGAGGAAGAAAUGGACAGCACUCCAAUGGUGUCAUCCCUUCUUAACAAACUGGCCAAUUACACCAACCUGACUCAGGGUGUUGCUGACCACGAGGAAGCUGAGAGUGAGGAUGGGAUUAAGAGGGUUACGGUCAAGGGUCCUCAGAUGGGCACAUUUAUAGGGGUCUACCUCCCCUGUGUGCAGAGUAUCCUGGGCGUGAUUUUGUUCCUGCGUCUCACUUGGAUCGUGGGCACAGCUGGCAUCAUGGGUUCCUUUGCCAUGGUCUUUAUGUGCUGUGCUUGUACUUUACUGACCGCAAUAUCUAUGAGUGCCAUUGCAACUAAUGGUAUGGUACCAGCUGGUGGCUCAUAUUACAUGAUCUCCAGGGCACUGGGUCCAGAGUUUGGAGGAGCUGUUGGGUUAUGCUUCUACCUGGGUACAACCUUUGCUGGAUCAUUGUAUAUACUGGGUACCAUAGAGAUUUUCCUGAUGUACAUAAUGCCGAAUGCAGAGGUGUUUGAGACACGGGAGCAUAAUAUGCGAUUGUAUGGGACCUGCUGCUUGGCUUCCAUGGUCCUGGUGGUGUUCGUUGGGGUGAAGUAUGUGAAUAAACUGGCCCUGGUCUUCCUUUCCUGUGUAAUUCUGUCCAUAAUGGCCAUCUAUGCUGGAGUCAUCAGAACAGCUAUCCAGCCUCCAGAUGUCCAGAUCUGUAUGCUGGGUGACCGCCUCCUAGGAAAUCAAAACUUUAAGUGUGUAAAGACAGAAGUCAUUGACAAUAUAACCUACCCAACCAAGCUGAGGGAGCUGUUCUGUGAUGGGCCUUUCCUCAAUGCAACAUGUGAUGAGUACUUUAUUCAGAACAACGUGACUGAGAUGAAGGGAAUCCCAGGCCUGCUUAGUGGAGUCAUCUCACAUAAUCUGUGGGGAAAUUAUGGUCCCUUUGGGUCGCUGGUUGAGAUGAGACAGCAGUCAGAAGCAUUGCAGGAUUAUUCUAAUGUCAACAGGCCCUAUGUCUUAAACGACAUCACUACCUACUUCACCCUGAUGGUGGGCAUCUUCUUCCCCUCAGUGACAGGGAUCAUGGCAGGAUCAAACCGUUCUGGAGAUCUGAGAGAUCCUCAGAGAUCUAUCCCCACUGGCACUAUUCUUGCCAUUAUUACCACUUCAAUCACCUAUAUGUCCUUUGUGGUGCUGUUUGGUGCUUGUAUUGAGGGCGUGUUACUACGAGACAAGUUUGGGUACUCUGUGAACCGGAUUCCUGUGUUGGGCAUUCUGGCAUGGCCCUCACCGUGGAUAAUUGUGAUAGGCUCUUUCUUUUCUUGUUGUGGGGCAGGCUUACAAAGCCUCACUGGUGCUCCCCGGCUGCUGCAAGCCAUUGCACAUGAUGGAAUUGUGCCAUUCCUACAGGUGUUUGGUCACAGUAAAUUCAAUGGUGAGCCUACCUGGGCUUUACUUCUGACUGCAGUAAUCUGUGAGAUUGGAGUUCUAAUUGCCUCUAUAGAUGCUGUUGCACCCAUCCUUUCAAUGUUUUUCUUGAUGUGUUACUUGUUUGUCAACUUGGCCUGUGCUAUCCAAACUCUACUGGGCACUCCAAACUGGAGACCAAGGUUUAAGUUCUACCACUGGAGUCUUUCCUUCCUGGGAAUGAGCCUUUGUCUCGCUCUUAUGUUUGUUUCAUCCUGGUAUCAUGCACUGAUUGCAGUGGUGAUUGCUGGAUGCAUAUACAAGUACAUUGAAUACAGGGGGGCAGAGAAGGAAUGGGGUGAUGGAAUCAGAGGCCUGUCCCUAAACGCUGCACGCUAUGCUCUCCUCAAGCUAGAAGAAGCACCACCCCACACCAAGAACUGGAGGCCCCAGCUGCUUGUGCUCUUGAGUCUAGACUCUGACUUGGCAGUGAAGCACCCCCGGCUGCUAUCUUUCACAUCGCAACUGAAGGCUGGGAAAGGCCUGACCAUCAUCUGUUCCGUGCUGCAGGGGACCUAUAUGCUGCGGGGUACUGAGGCAAAGCGUGCUGAAAGGAGCAUGAAGACAUCUAUGGCUGUAGAAAAAACAAAGGGCUUCUGUCAUGUCGUUGUGUGCUCUAACCUGAGAGAUGGCUUCUCUAAUCUGAUCCAGUCAGCUGGCCUGGGUGGCAUGAAGCACAACACCGUCCUGAUAGCUUGGCCCAAUAACUGGAGGCAAGCUGAGGACACCCUCACCUGGAAGAACUUCAUAGAGACAGUGAGAGAAACCACAGCUGCACAUCAGGCCCUGCUUGUGGCAAAGAACAUAGACCAUUUUCCAAGCAAUGCAGAGCGAUUGGCUGAGGGCACCAUUGAUGUCUGGUGGAUUGUUCAUGAUGGAGGCCUGCUCAUGCUGCUGCCCUUCUUACUCCGCCAGCACAAGGUCUGGAAAAAGUGUAAGAUGCGUAUUUUCACUGUGGCUCAUCUGGAUGAUAACAGCAUUCAGAUGAAGAAUGACCUGCAGGUAUUCCUGUACCAGCUACGCUUGGACGCUGAAGUGGAAGUGGUGGAGAUGCAUGAGCGUGAUAUCUCAGCCUUCACCUAUGAGAAGACCCUGGUGAUGGAGCAGCGCUGUCUGUUGUUGAAGCAGAUGCAGUUGUCCAGAACAGAGAGGGAAAGGGAGAUUCAAAGCAUUACUGAUGAGUCCAGGAGCUCCAUUAAGAGAAAGACCCCAACGAAGGACCCUUCUUCCAAUAGUUUGCAUGUACCUAGCAUAGAGGCCCUGGAGCAAGAGGGUCAUGUGUUUCAUCAAAGAGGCACCAAGACACCUGCCCGCCACCGUGAAAGGAAUAGCCCUGCCUCUGACCAAGUGCACAUGACUUGGACUAAAGACAAGUUGGCCACAGAGAGGAACCGUCUACGUGAGGCUAGCGCAGGUGUAAAAGACCUCUUCAGUAUGAAGCCCGAGUGGGAGAAUCUAAACCAGUCCAAUGUGAGAAGAAUGCACACUGCAGUCAAAUUGAAUGAAGCUGUGGUCAACAAAUCCCAGGGGGCUCAUCUCGUCUUGCUGAAUAUGCCUGGGCCACCUAAAAACAAGGAUGGUGAUGAGAACUAUAUGGAAUUUUUAGAAGUUUUAAUGGAGGGCUUGGACCAGGUCUUGCUUGUUAGAGGUGGCGGUAGAGAGGUCAUCACGAUCUAUUCUUAACCCCGGAGAAGGACUGGUUCUAUAGACAACCUAGAUGCAUGGUUGAAUACUCAGGGUAUGAAAAAAUAGGAAAUUUUUCAUCUGUUAGGGAUUGGUUAAUUGGCUACUACUUUUAGCCAAAUUGCCAGAUCAUUUAGAGAUGCAUCAGUUGGUCAAAUGGUUAACCAUUGCAGAUGGUACCAACAUUGUUUUAACCAUACAUGUACGUUAUUUCCAUUAGUCUACCUUGAUAUACAAUUAUCAUAUGUAUAUACAUUUUGGUAGGUAAUAUACACUGAACUUGUAUUACCAUAACUUAUAUGAUCUGUCUUCAACACUAAGGGCAGGAAUCUCAUUUAUUAUGACCACUUGACUGCAAUGAGUGCAUACAACAGAACAUGAAGGAUGGAAGUUGAGAAUGUAGCUGCUGAUAACUCCUGAUAAUGUAACCCUAACUUCAGAUCUAUGAGGCCCACUUACCUCAUGCAAGACAGUUGGUGGACCGUUCUGCUUUUGUUUGUUUUUAUCUACAUCUUUUCAUAUGCACAGAGUUGCAGUAAAAAUAAUUUUUGGGUCUAGAAAAAAUAAGGAGAUAUGAGGAGCCAACAAAUGGCAUAUUUGUGAUUUUAAUAUUUCUUAUAUUUUCUUCUCAUCUCAAUAUGCUGUUAAUGAAUAUAGCUGUCUGCUUCAGACAGGAAACUUAGCAACAGCUGAAAUACUAAUUUGUUCUUAUUUUAUUCAGUACCCAAGAGCAGGCUUUUCAUAAGUCACUGUGUAUUUUCAUUUCUUUUUGCCAAAGGGACUAUGACAUUUCAAUGAGACCUUUGCCAAAUAACAGUUUCUUUGCCAAAUGAUUGCAAAAUUGGCCCAGAUUCUCCAGCGUGUUAGCUCCCUAUCCAAUAGAAAUGCAGAAACAAAAGGCAUUUUAAAAUGACCAACAGCCCUUAAUAAAACAUACUGAUUAGACAAUGUCAUUGUCAUGGCAAUGUCCUGAUAACACCGUCUGUGGUUUAGAAAAAAUGUUUUCAUAAAUGUUUGUAUCUAAUUUUAUAUAUCUUAUGGGUUUUAUAAUGUUUGCAAGUAAACAUAGACAUUACCACAUAUAUGAUAGGUGAUAAUAGAAGGAAAGUGUUGUUGCAAUGUGAUUUUCUUUGAAGAAGAAGGAUUUCCCCUACAAUUCACUUCAUAUUUGUGAAUAACAUGGUCUAACUCUGACCUUUUCUUCAUGUAGACUUAAAUCUUUUUUUGUUUGUCAUUUAUUCUAAUAGGACAUAAAUAAUAGUUUUCUUGCUUUUUGGGGACAAAGUAUAUAAAUACUUGCCAAACAUUCUGAUAAAUCAAAGGUUUACCAAAAUAUAUUUGUUUUAAUGGGCCUAAUAAUAUAUUGAUCUCUCUUUGCUGGAUCAUGCAAGUGUAAAGCUGACUGCUUAAACCCUGGUAGUUUAACUCUGUGGGUUCUUGCAUGCCAAAGAAGAGUGAUGAGCUAUAAUUGUCUGCAUGUGCUUUGCAGUGCUCUUCCCAUGCUCAAUUGCAAUGAUUGAACAAGGUUCCAAUGCAUAUCCUAUGGAUAAUAUCA